AUGGGGGCGCUGCAGGUCGAAGCCUGCCGAACGCAGCUGGGGCCCGGCUCGCUCGUGCAGUGCACGGUGGACCUGCAGGAGAGGCUCUUGGCGGCGGCGGACCAGCAGGUGUGGUCUGUCAGCCCCGCGCGGAUGCGCGACCGCUUCGUCCAGGCAGCGCCGGCCUUCGCGGGCUGCCUUCAGCAGGACGCGCACGAGUUCUUCCUGGAGUAUGUCAACCAGCUUGACGAGGAGAUCAAGAGGCAGCGCAGGCUCCAGUUGCAGGAGCAGGUCCAGGAGGGCAACGUGAGGCGCAGGGACACCGACGAGUCGGAUGCUCCUCUGCAUUUUGACGCAGAGGUUACCAAGCAUUUGAUCCUCUGGCACGCCUGGGGACCCGUGCCCGACGCGGGGUCGUCCGUAUUUCAACGAUUUCUCGCUGGAUUUCUGCCUGGAGGGCGGCCACACUGUGGAGCGCAUGCUCACCGCGUACUUCGAGGGCGAGGAGGUGGCCGUCACGUGCGAGAAGUGCGGCGCGGCCGGCGCGGUGCUCCGGAAGCUCCUGACCAGGCCACCACGCGUGCUGGCACUGCAUCUCAAGCGCUUCCGCUACUCCACUUUCACAGGACAUUGCAGCGGGGAGUCCCCAUUCCACGAUGUUACCUCUGUUUUUUGUUGUUCCCCUUCGGCAUCCACGACAAGGCGGCUACGAGAAGCAGUCGGCGAGCGUCGAGGUUCCGGCGGAGCUGGACUUGGCCGCACACACGCCGCAGCCGAAGCCCGGAGCCCGCCGCGCUCUCGGCGCACGGUCGGCGCAGUACGACCUGCAGGCGGCGGUGGCGCACGACGGCGCGUCUCCCCGCUCAGGUCAUUAUGUUUGCUACACCCGCGAUGGCUCAGGAGUCUGGCACAUGUACGACGAUUCCUUUGUACAGGAGCUUCGCGAGGACGCCCUGCAGAGGAUGGGGAGCCACGCCUACAUCCUCUUCUACCGCCGGCGGCAGGGCGCGCACCGGUCGUCGGAGACAUCCGACAUUGAGCGCGUCCCCGUCUGCGGUGGAGCAUGAUGGGGCCACAAGUAGCAUCUGA